GCCUCUGUGAGUCCUGCCCCUUCAAGGCCUUGAUUGACACCCGGUGGGCGGGAGCAAGCGGCGGAGUUUGUUGGGGGAAUAUGGCGGCUGCUCGGGGGUUGACCCUGGCAGCAGCGGGGCUGAGAGCGGUCACUCCCUGGGCCAGGGGCAGGCUCCCCGCGGCCUCCGCCAGACCCCUGGCGCGUUGGGAAACGUCCUCCAGCCCGGAGGUCGGCGAAGGGCAGAUCCACCUAACAGAAAGCUGCGUCCAGAGGCUUCUGGAAAUUACCGAGGGGUCAGAAUUCCUCAGGCUGGAAGUGGAGGGAGGUGGAUGCUCCGGAUUCCAGUACAAGUUCUCACUGGAUACAGUUAUCAACCCCGAUGACAGAGUAUUUGAACAGGGUGGGGCGAGGGUGGUGGUUGACUCUGAUAGCUUGGCCUUCGUGAAAGGGGCCCAGGUGGACUUCAGCCAAGAACUUAUCCGAAGCUCAUUUCAAGUGUUGAAAAACCCUCAAGCACAGCAAGGCUGCUCCUGUGGAUCUUCCUUUUCUGUCAAGCUUUGAUGUAAUGACGGACGACCCAGAAGUUGCCACCAGUUGUACCACUGUGAAGAAUCUGGAAUAAGUAGAACUUUAGAGGUCUCCUAAUCGUGUGCCUCUCGGUUUCAUUUUCUCAUCCAGAAAUGUUGUGUUUCACCACUAUUAUUUUCAGAAUAUGUAGUUUUUAUUUUUUGACUUUAAUAACAUCCCCCCCCAUUCUAAGGCCUUUAGACAAUAAGAUUUAAUAGCUGUUUGAGGCCCAAUUUGAAGCCUCCAAGGUCCUGAAAGUUGGAGUUAUUUCUCUAGCUUUCAAAGCUGCUUGUACAAAUGUGUGUAGCUAGCUAUGCAUAAACACUUCAAUACAGAGAAUAUUCCUAAGGACCAACUGGUGGUGUACCUGGUUGAGCACACAUGUUACAAUGUGCAAGGACUCAGGUUCAAGCCCCCAGUCCCCCACCUGCUGGGGGAAAGCUUCACAAGUGAUGAAGCAGGGCUGCAGGUGUCUCUGUCUCUCUUUUUUCCUUUCAACUUCUCUCUGAUCAUCCAAUAAAUAAAUAUAAACAAUUUUAAAAAGAUAUACUUAAAAAAAAAUUCUAAUCUACUUGUGUUUGGCUCAGGGUCAGAGAUUAGGCAGCUUUAACUCUUGUUACUUGGACAGAAAAGAGGUGAGACAGGCAAACUGAAUGUUCUCUUUUUCAUCUCACUCUUUCUGAAUACCCUAGUUGACAUUUAUUUUACUAGAGCACUGCUCAGCUCUGGUUUAUGGUGGGGAUUGAGCCUGGGAGGUCCAAGCCUCAGGCAUGAAAUUCAUUAGCAUAAUCAUAUUAUCUUCCCGAGCCCAACUUAUCUUUUUUUUUUUUUUUUUUUAAGUUAUUUUUAAUGAAGGAGAGAAGAGUUAGGGGAGAAAGAGAGACAGACAGAGAGAAAGAGAGAGAGCCAGCCAGCCAGAGAAGAAAAAGAGAAAGCAGAGCAGUGCUUAGCUCUGGUUUAUUGUGGUGUUAGAGAUUGAACCUAGAACUUCAGUCUCAAGAAUGAGUGUUUGAUAGCCAUUAUGUUGUAUCCCCAAUUCUUCUUCUUUUUUAUGAGCUCAGCCUUCACUAACCAUUUGUUAAGACAGAUUUAUUUUCCAUUCAAUCACAAAUUUGCUGGGUUGUCAGAAAAGUCACCAUGCAUUUUUUGCAUAGAAGAACAAAAAAAAAGUAAGUCAUGACUUUUUCCAGCAACUCAACAGAUUCACAAAACCAAGAGCCCAUCACCUAAAAAUCUUGGACCAAAACUUUAUAAAUGUCUGAAUUAUUCAAUAAUAGCCACUGGGCAGGGGAGAUAGCAUAAUAGUUAUGCAAAAAGGCUUUUGUUCCUGGGGCUCUUAAGUCCCAGGCUCAGUCCUACCAUAAACCAGAACUGUGCAGUGCUCUGAUAAAAAAGGAAAUUAGGGGGUCUGGUGGUAGCGCAGCAGAUUAAGCACACAUGGCACAAAGUGCAAGGACAGGUGCCAAGGAUCCUGGUUCGAGACCCUGGCUCCCCAACUGCAGGAGGUACGCUUCACAGGCGGUUAAGCAGGUCUGCAGGUGUCUAUCUUUCUCUCCCUCUCUCUGUCUCCCCAUCCCUUUCCAUUUCUCUCUGUCCUAGCCAACAACAUCAUCAAUGGCAAUAACAACAAGGACAACAAAAUGGGAAAAACAAAAUGGCCUCCAGGUGCAGGCACUGAGCCCCAGCAAUAACCCUGGAGGCAAAAAAAAGAGAGAGAAAUAGCCACCAUGCUCAUGUAAACAAUGUAAGAUUCUGCAGUCACUUAGUGACUGAAUCUUUUAAGGUUAUGUUGCCUCAGCUGGGCGGUGACACACCCAGUUGAGUGCACCUAUUACCUGGUGGCAAUUAAAGGAAAAAGAAAAAAGCUCUUGCUUCCCCUACCAUAUUGUGUAAAACGUUUCUAGUCUCUUUACCAGGAGAGGGCUAAACAGGAGGAGUGUACACCUUAUGAAAUGGAACAGAGAGCAAUGCAGAGGAGGGGGCAUUAUCUUUAUCGAUAAAAAUAUGCCCAGGAAACGACCACCAUGCUGCAAACUGCAUCAUCCCAUGGACUCUGCGUUGAAGAAAGAUUGUCGUGGGGUCAUCUGGACUCUGACCUGAGUGACUCCUGCCAGUGGGCCUCUGAGAAGAGCAGAGUGAAUGUCAGCCUGUCUUUCCAAGUGCACGUGUGGUUUUCCAGUGUUGAGCACUCCAGGGAUAACUGGGUCUGGGGGUUGUCAGUCUGCAACAGGGACACUCGACCACUGCAGAGCUGACUAGCUCACUGGGCAGGAAUGAGGUCUCUUAAGUUAUGUUGUUGACUUUAUUGUAGUGUGAGGGAGAUAAAGAUAACAGCACUGCUCAACUCUGGCUUGUGGUGGUGGUACUGGACAUAGAGCCUGGGAGUUUGGAGCCUCAGGCAAGAAGUUUUGCAUAACCAUUAUGCUAUCUGCUGCUCUAAGCAUUUUAUUUAUACACACACACACACACACACACACACACACACACACUUGGAUUGCUUUCCUUUUUUCCUCUCCCUCUUGAAUAUCUGAAAGAUAGCUAGGGGUGGAAGAGGCUUGUUACAAUUCAAGUGAUAGUUGACAGGAAAAAUAUUACAGUUCAAGUGAAAAAGAAUUUACAGCAAUUAAACAGAGGGGCUGUGGUCCUAGGCCUUGUUCUUUUCCCAAAAUAAAAGUCUUACAUAACCACUAA